AUGGUUACUUGCAAAUACGAAAUUUCUCUUCUCGUGUUCAACUUGCCAUCUCUCUCGUUCGCUGCGCUCACUGGAAUCACUGUUAGCGUAAACAAAUCAGAAGAAUACAAACUUCGCUCGGACAUUUUAAAGUAUAAGGAGCCCAUGGUCCGUCCUGUUGAAAACUACUCUGAAGCCGUCAAUGUUUCUUUCUAUAUGGACGUUUUAAACUUGACAGACCUGGAUAAUAAGCGCCAGAUGCUUGCAACAAAUGUCUGGAUUUUACAGAGGUGGCAGAAUCCGUUCCUCGAAUGGAAGAAAGAAGAUUAUGGAGGUAUUGAUCAGAUCCUCGUGAGCCCAACGGAAAUAUGGGUGCCAGACAUUGUCCUUUACAACAAUGGCGAUAAACAGGUUCGGAAAGCUGGUCACACUGAACUGUUCAAGAACUGGGUCGCAGUUAAUAGCACUGGAGGGUGUAGUUGGGGAUCCAUGGCAAAUCUUGAGAGUAGUUGCAGCGUGGAGGUCAGCUCGUUUCCUUUCGAUGAGCAGGAGUGUUCUCUUACUUUUGCUUCAGCGAGUUAUGGAAGUAAUAUGCUGGAAAUUCAUUCCAUACGCCCUUUAGGAAAACAAGAUAAGAGCGAACAUCUCGAUGAGGAUGGGGAAUGGGAGUUUAAACGCAUGUACGUGCAUAUUUCGAGGAAGAUAUCUCAACGACAUGAAGAUGCAAGGCUGGAAUACCCUCGUAUCACAUACACACUAAAGAUCAAACGGAGGCCCCUUUAUUAUAUCAUGCUGAUGAUUAUACCUUGCGUCCUUUGUACCCUGUUGGUUCUGGCCAGUUUCGCUAUUCCUCCAGAAAAUGGUGAACGGAUUGGUUUUUGCUCCACCGUCAUGCUUUCAAUCAGUGUUUAUCUCCUUAUCAUGGCUGAUAUGCUCCCAGAAAAGUCGGAUACGUUGCCAGUUCUUGGUGUCUACUACACCAUCACUAUGUUUGAGAUAGCCCUGGCAUUGAUUGGUACGAUUAUUGUUUUGAGGAUCUACCAUUCAGCAAGUGAACCACCCAACUGUUUUAAAACUCUGCAUAAGAAGCGCAAAGCCAAGAAAUUAAAGAAAAUAAGAGUUGGAGGAAAGUGGAUGAUGACAAAACUCCUCAGAGGCAAUGCCGUAACAAACAAUAGCAAUCCAGUUGGAGGUGAUGCAGAACCGAAUAUUACUCAGGUCCCAGUUGAUACGGAGCCACAGGAGACAGAGGUAAAGGGCGACGGAAAUGGCAUUGAGCUCACAGAAGAUGACAAUCAAAAAAUCUGGCGUUCAAUUGCUGUUACUUGUGAUCGCAUUUUUUUCUGGCUCUUUUCGAUCAUUUUCAUCGGGUCCACUGCAUAUGUGAUAGCGAAUCGUGGUAACUUUGCGGUUUUGUUUGAUAAGAACAUCUAA